GAACCAGUAGAUAAACAUGUUUUCCGGACAACACAUAAGAACCGAUAUAGCAGAUUUCUCCUUGCAGAAAUGGCCAAACACUUAAACAAUGCUUUAACCUGGGAUUUAUUUUGCAAGAAAUGUCCCCAAAUGAGAGCCUCGAAAACCACAUCAAUUAAGUAAGUCAAUUUUAAUGCAGCAUAUUAAAUAAUUUUCGAGAAUCAGCCAACAUUUACCGAGAAUAGAAUCUGUUACUUAUUUUUAAAUGGCAUUGAAGCUUUUUAAUAAAUUAUCAUGAUUAGAAAAAAAUGAUGUCAUUGGAUGUGCGUAUAAAUGCAAGUAUUUGCUCACCUUCACCGCAUAAUAUUGCAUUAAAUUCUGUUUAAUAUAACUGUUGAUUGUGUGUACGAAAAAUGUCUUCGACAACACUUGUGGGUAAAAUUGCAAUUGUGACUGGCGCGUCUGCAGGAAUUGGCAAAGCCAUAGCAGAGCUUUUAGUGAAAAAUGGUGCUAUCGUUGCAGGAAUUGCAAGAAGAGUUGAACACGUUUGUCAACAUGCGCAAGAACUGGCUGGUGAGAAAGGAAGUCUUCAUGGAUAUCAAUGUGAUCUGACUAAAAAAGAUGAUAUAUUGGCAGCAUUCAAGAAAAUUAAUACAGAGCUUGGUCCAAUUAGUAUUUUGAUCAACAAUGCUGGAGCUCUCAAAAUGUCUGGUAUUAUCGAGGGCGACAUCGAAAAAUGGCAGGCUGUGGUGGACACCAAUUUAAUGGCUGCAGCAAUUUGCAUAAGGGAAGCUGUUGCAAGCAUGAAAGCAAAUAGCAUCAAAGGACACCUUAUCAACAUUAAUAGUAUGGCUGGUCACAUCGUUCCCGACUAUCCAAAGUUUGGCUUCUAUCCUUCAACCAAAUUUGGCCUUAGAGCGUUAACUGAAACCGUUCGAUUAGAAAUUAACCGAGAAAAGUUGCCGAUUAAAAUAACCAAUGUUAGUCCAGGCUAUGUGGAAACAGACAUUGUUGCAUUAGCAUACGGUGAAUUUGCUAAAGAUGAAACGUGGAGCGCCAUUACAGCGAAGGGUUUGGAUGUUAUCGAUAUCGCUAAUGCAGUUUUAUAUGUCGUAAAUACUCCUGAACGUGUAAAUGUUACACAACUCACUGUGGUGAGGCAAGGAAACUUUUUGUAGGAUUGUAAGAAAUCAAGUUUAUAUAAAGCAUUUAUGAAUAUCCUACCAAGUACUGCAGGUAUUUUUUCAAUAAAAUUAAUAAGCGAUAAAAA